AUGAAAAAACUCAUUCUCACCAUUGCCACCGCCGUCGGCCUCAUUACCGCCCAGGAGAGGUCAUUGCCCCCGGAGUGGGAAUGGCCUCCGGACUUGUCCCGGUACCACCUCUCCCACUGCGCCGAAGGAGCCAUAGUGAAUAGCGUGUUCUGGCUCAGCGGACUCGCAGACGAAAACCAGACGCUAGAGUAUAACCGCUGCCUUUCUACCCCCGCAGAAGUUACCAUCGCCGACUUCAAAUGCUUCUGUGCCGGAGGCGAUGGCGAAGGGUCAGCAAUUAUGAGCGAGGCCCUUCAAGUCGACUGGCUUAGGAGGCAAUGUGGAUGGGAGCAUAUUUUUGAUGAGGUGUUCCCCGAUGUAAGAAAUUUCUGUCGCACGGUACUGAGCGAGGACACCACUGCCACUGCCACUGCCCCUACUCGUCGCCGCCGUCGGGCCCUGAAACAACCACCCCCUCAACCGAAUAUCGCCCUCGUUACUACAGAGGAACUGCCCGACACGUCCAUCUAG